AUUUAAAUACGACAGAGGUGAACUGAUUUGUCAUAAUAAAUAAUAAUGUAAUGAUUUUAAACAAUUUUCUACUUUGUUGGUAUUGAAUAUUGUGGUAUUUAAGUACUUAUUGUAAUACUUAUUUUUUUUUAUGAAUACAAAAUGAACACUAGAUACAAUGGUCUCGUCGCUUUUUGCUACUUAUUUAUAUUCAAUAUUUUCUCUUUCGCAUAUUCAUUAGGAUUUCUAUAUGUUUAUCCACGUGUGAAAUUGGAGGCAAAAACGCCAUCGUUAGGAGAUCCUGGUGAGCCGCUUAUUUUAACCCCCUACAUAGAUAAAGGAAAUAUUGAAUUAGCACAGAAUGUUUCCCGCGUUCCACUUACUGAAAAAAUAGGCUUUAUAAGUCAUGCAGGAUUUUUUACAGUGAACAAGAAGUAUAAUUCUAAUUUAUAUUUCUGGUACUUUCCUGCAUUUAAUAAAAAUAAGGACGCUCCCGUUGUUUUGUGGCUACAAGGAGGCCCAGGGGGUAGUUCUCUAUUUGGAUUAUUUACUGAAAAUGGACCCUUAGUUGCAAAGAAGGAGGGCUUUUCUAUAAGAAAACAUCAUUGGGCUCUCAAAAAUCAUCUAAUUUUUAUUGAUAACCCUGUAGGCACUGGAUUUAGCUUUACAAAUAAAGAUGGAUACUGUACUGAUGAGGAGUGUAUCGCAAAAGGUUUAUACAGUUGUUUGGAUCAAUUUUUCAACAUGUUUCCGAAUUUGAGAAAAAAUGAAUUUUACAUCACUGGAGAAUCUUAUGCAGGGAAAUAUAUACCGUCUCUUGGUGUGGAAAUUCACAACCAAAACAUGCUAAACAAACAGAAAAUAAAUCUCAAAGGCUUAGCUCUAGGUAAUGCAUACUGUGAUCCUAUUAAUCAAAUGGACUAUGGCGAUUAUUUGUAUCAACAUGGUUUAAUAGAUGAUAGACAAAGGAAUUUUUUUAAUAAAAUGCAGGUGGAGAUAGUUAAGAACAUUAAAAAAGAAAACUGGGUAGAAGCCGGGAUACUCAUGGACUCCUUAAUGGAUGGAGAUCUGACAAAUUUUUCUUAUUUUAAAAAUUUUACAGGUUUUGAUAAUUACUACAACUUUCUGAUACCAUUGAAUAUGUCAGAUAUGUCUAUUUAUAUAGAUAUGUUGAAUAAUGAAGAAAUUAGACGCAGUGCUCAUGUCGGUGCACUACCGUUUCAAACUGGAGAAGAGGUUCAAAUGCAUUUAGCAAUGGACAUUUUGAAAUCUGUGGCACCAUUAGUUGCAGACCUACUUUCCCACUAUCGAGUCAUGUUUUACAACGGUCAGCUCGACAUCAUUGUUGCAUAUCCAUUAACAGAAAAUUUUCUAUGUAAUUUGAACUUUUCAUCAUCUGAUGAGUAUAAAAAGGCACCAAGAAACAUUUGGAAGGUUAAUGAUGAUAUAGCGGGAUAUGUGAAGAAAGCUGGUAAUAUUACCGAGGUGCUGGUUAGAAACGCUGGUCACAUGGUGCCACACGACCAGCCUAAGUGGGCCUUAGAUCUCAUUACUCGUUUUAUAGAAAAUAAAUUUUAGACAUGAACACAUCUUAGAAUAAAUAUUAAAUAUAAUAUGCAUCUCCAAAGUU